AUGGAGACUGACGCGCCCCAGCCCGGCCUCGCCUCCCCGGACUCGCCGCACGACCCCUGCAAGAUGUUCAUCGGGGGACUCAGUUGGCAGACUACGCAGGAAGGGCUGCGCGAAUACUUCGGCCAGUUCGGGGAGGUGAAGGAGUGUCUGGUGAUGCGGGACCCCCUGACCAAAAGAUCCAGGGGUUUUGGCUUCGUCACUUUCAUGGACCAGGCGGGGGUGGAUAAAGUACUGGCGCAAUCGCGGCACGAGCUCGACUCCAAAACAAUUGAUCCCAAGGUGGCCUUUCCUCGGCGAGCACAGCCUAAGAUGGUGACUCGAACGAAGAAGAUCUUUGUUGGGGGGCUGUCAGUAAACACCACGGUGGAAGACGUGAAGCAGUAUUUUGAGCAGUUCGGGAAGGUGGACGAUGCCAUGCUGAUGUUUGACAAAACCACCAACCGGCACCGAGGGUUCGGCUUUGUCACGUUUGAGAGCGAGGACAUCGUGGAGAAAGUGUGUGAAAUCCACUUCCACGAAAUCAACAACAAAAUGGUGGAAUGUAAGAAAGCUCAGCCAAAAGAGGUGAUGUCACCGACUGGCUCGGCCCGGGGGAGGUCUCGAGUCAUGCCCUAUGGAAUGGACGCCUUCAUGCUGGGCAUCGGCAUGCUGGGUUACCCUGGUUUCCAAGCCACGACCUAUGCCAGCCGGAGUUAUACAGGCCUCGCCCCUGGCUACACCUACCAGUUCCCCGAAUUCCGUGUAGAGCGGACCCCUCUCCCGAGCGCCCCAGUCCUCCCCGAGCUUACAGCCAUUCCUCUCACUGCUUACGGACCCAUGGCAGCGGCAGCGGCAGCAGCAGCUGUGGUUCGAGGGACAGGCUCUCACCCCUGGACGAUGGCUCCCCCUCCAGGUUCAACUCCCAGCCGCACAGGGGGCUUCCUGGGGACCACCAGCCCGGGCCCCAUGGCCGAGCUCUAUGGGGCAGCCAACCAGGACUCGGGGGUCAGCAGUUACAUCAGCGCUGCCAGCCCCGCCCCCAGCACUGGCUUCGGCCACAGUCUUGGGGGCCCCUUGAUUGCCACAGCUUUCACCAAUGGGUACCACUGA